AUGAGUGGAUAUUACGUGUACACCAUUGGUUCAUCAGAACAAGCAAACACUAUUACGGCCCUACAGGAGGUCCCUAAGACACUGUGGGCUGUUAGUAAGUAUGAUGUUGGUUUCAUUAAAAAUUGUGAACCUGUUGUGAUUACUCCGAAAUCAGACUUUAGACCGUGCAAGACUCAAUACCCGCUUAAACAAGAAGCCAUUGAGGGCAUAACACCCGUUUUUGAGUCUCUAAAAGCGGCAGGAGUAAUUGUUCCCUGUGAUGACUCCCCAGUGCGUACACCCCUGUUCCCUGUCAAGAAAAUCAGAGAUAAAGAUCAACCAACGGAAUGGCGUUUCGUUCAGGACCUGCAAGCCGUGAAUGCAGCAGUCCAACCCAGAGCACCAAACGCCCCAAAUCCUUAUACCAUCCUGUCUCAGGUUCCAUCUAACGCAAAGUUCUUUUCAGUGGUAGAUCUUUCUAAUGCCUUCUUCAGUGUUCCGGUUCAUCCUAACAGCCAGUUUUGGUUUGCUUUCAAUUUCAAUGGACGAGGCUACACAUUCACUCGCCUAUGCCAAGGCUACUGUGAAAGCCCCACCAUUUAUAAUGAAGCUCUCAGACAAAGUCUUGAACCUCUUGUUCUCUCCCCAGGCUCUGCUUUGUUACAGUAUGUUGAUGACCUUAUGAUCUGCAGCCCAACCAAAGAGCAAUGUGAAGCCGACACAGUAAAACUCUUGAAGCAUCUGACUAACACUGGUCACAAAGCCAGUCUGUCCAAACUUCAGUUUGUUCAGGAAAAGGUUGUUUUCUUAGGACACGUCAUCACUUCUGAAGGGAAGACUCUUUCACCAAAAAGAGUAGAUGCAAUUCAGAAUAUUCCAAAACCCAUCACAAAAAAACAAAUGAUGUCGUUUCUGGGCAUGUGUUCUUAUUGUAGACAAUUCAUUUUAAACUAUGCCAUUCUUGAAGCUCCACUCUCCUCCCUCAUUCAUGGCAAAGGUCUACAAUCACAAGAUAAGAUCACAUGGACUCUUGAAGCAGAACAGUCUUUCACUGAGCUGAAACUUGCCUUACAGACCACCCCAACAUUAGGUCUACCUGAUCCUACCAAAUCUUUCACUCAAACGGUAGACGAGAAAAAUGGAUACAUGACUUCUGUGUUGCUGCAGGAUCACGGAAAUAGACUAAGGCCUGUAGCUUACUUUUCUUCAAAACUAGAUCCUGUGGCUGCAGGCCUCCCAAGAUGUCUCAGAGCUGUGGCUGCUGCUGAAAAGGCAAUCAUGGCCUCCCGAGACAUUGUGAGCUACUCUGAUGUGACCCUCCUCGUCCCACAUGCUGUGUCCAUGAUUUUGCUCGAACAAAAAACUUCUCAUCUCUCCACAGCACGAUGGUUAAGAUACAACACUGUGCUUUUAGAAAUGCCUAACAUCACUAUAAAAAGAUGCAAUGUUUUAAAUCCUGCCACUCUCCUUCCCACACCUGACGAUGGACAAGAACAUAACUGUGUUGCCGUCCUCCAACAGGUCUGCUCUCCAAGACCGGACCUGCAAGAAACUCCAUUAACUAAUCCUGAUUUGGUUGUUUUUGUAGAUGGAUCUGCCUCCCGUGACCCACAGACAGGUCGCAACAGAGUUGGAUUUGCUGUUGUCACUAAUCAUGAAACUCUUGUUUCAGGCUCACUUCCCUCUCACUAUUCUGCACAAGCAGCAGAACUCACAGCAUUGACAGAGGCAUGCAAACUGGCAAACAACAAGACUGUAACCAUCUACACUGAUUCCAGAUAUGCAUUUGGUGUGGUACAUGAUUUCGGUACUCUGUGGAAACACAGACAAUUUUUAAAAUCUGAUGGAAAACCCAUUCUCCAUCAUGACAAGGUUGCAGCUCUUCUAGAUGCCAUUUUGCUCCCAACUUCAAUUGCUGUUUGCAAAUGCCCUGCCCAUACUAACAACUCAGAUUUGGUUUCCCUAGGGAAUGCGAGAGCUGAUGCUGCUGCAAAAAGAGCUGCACUCCAGCCCACCAUCCUUAAUCCUUUGCUUGCUUCAACCCCCGUCUCUAUUCCAAGCUCUCUUACAGCAAUGCAAACCUUUGCCACACCACAAGAAAAGACGUUGUGGAGACGCUGUGGUGCCACACAGAAAGAAGAAGUGUGA